AUGAACAAUGAAUGCGAACGAUGGAGUAUUCCUGGAUCCUCCGACGAUCCGAUAAUCAAUGAAGCCGUUAUUAUUCAAGAAGGCGAUAAUACGUGGUCCAACAAUCAAAUCGAUACGGACAUCCAUGAGUUCGCGUGGGAGUCGCUGACAUCGUAUUAUCCCGAAUUUCUUGCGGCCGACACGUCGAAGAAGCGCGGAAAGCGUACGAAUCUCAAAGCUCUCGAUGAUGUGCGUGUGUACAAACGCGCGCUGAAUCGCGUCUCAUCGGCGCGUCAUCGAGACAAACUCAAAAGCGUCGAGCGCGGUUUCGACGACGUCCAUGAGCCGCUUCAGAAGCUUCUCAACGCGUUUGAGACGUGCCAACGGAUUCCGGCGACGAUCGUCGAGAGUGUCCUUCACGAUGAGAUUGUGAAGCUCAGCGAGCUCAAGAGUCUCCGAAACGCCGACAAUCAACUACCAAAGAAUGCGCGCCAAAUUAAUUCGAAGACAUUCAAUUCGAAAAUCAGCCGUCUCAAUCAGUCAAUUCGCAUUCUACGUGGCGUUUCUUCAUGUAAAACGCUCAAUGUGUCUUUUCUUCGAAACGUUGUUGAAGAUUGGAAGGCGGGACGGCCGCCGGUUGUGCGGCAACUGAUGAUUGGCUACUGGGUCGAAUACUGUCUUUUCUUUGCCCAUCCGGAGCAAGCCGCCAUCGCGCCGCACUCUCAUUCCUACGAGCAUCAUGGAAGAAUCUCGGUGAGUUGUGACCCGAGUACUGGCAUCAUCACCUUCUAUCGAGCUCAAUGCAAUCUCCUUCUCAACACAAUCAAAGAAGGGAGCAUCCAGAUCGGCACGGUCGACAGUUUCCAAGGACACCAGACGGAAGUCGUCAUCCUUUGCUUGACGAAGACGAGCAAGGCACCAUCUGACUUCGCCAGGGACGAAUGUCGCGCUGUCUCGAGCAAGACAAGGUCGGCGAUCUUCCGGCCUGCAGAACAGUCUACCCAUGGAGCCGCAUAA